UGUGGCUGGCUGGGGACUGGCAGGAACCGGAGCAGCACUGCCGCCUCUGGCGCGAAGGCUCAGGCGCCUCCUCCCGCCCCAGUCACUGUGGCUCGGCGCACGCUGCCGGCGGCUGCCCUUUCUGCCUGAGGGAAAGAAAACCCGCGGGCCUCUGUCGCUCUCUAACCAUGGCCUCGGGCAGGAGAGGCUGGGACAGCUCCCACGAAGAUGAUCUGCCCGUGUACCUGGCCAGGCCAGGCACCACAGACCAGGUCCCGCGGCAGAAGUACGGAGGCAUGUUCUGCAACGUGGAGGGAGCCUUCGAAAGCAAGACGCUGGAUUUCGAUGCCCUGAGCGUGGGGCAGCGGGGCGCAAAGACUCCCCGGAGCAGCCAGGGCAGCGGCCGCGCCUCGGGAAGCCGACCCGGGCUCGAGGACUCCCCGCGCAGGGGCCAAGGCCGGGAGGAAAGCAGGGAGCCCGCGCCCGUGUCGCCUGCACCCGCUGGGGUAGAGAUCCGGAGCGCCACUGGCAAGGAGGUUUUGCAGAACCUCGGCCCCAAGGACAAGAGUGACCGUCUUCUUAUCAAGGGAGGCAGAAUCGUCAACGAUGAUCAAUCUUUUUAUGCUGAUAUUUACAUGGAAGAUGGCUUAAUAAAGCAAAUCGGAGACAACCUGAUUGUCCCUGGAGGAGUGAAGACCAUCGAGGCCAAUGGGAAGAUGGUGAUUCCUGGCGGCAUCGAUGUCCACACUCACUUCCAGAUGCCCUACAAGGGGAUGACCACAGUGGAUGACUUCUUCCAAGGGACAAAGGCCGCCUUAGCGGGUGGCACAACCAUGAUCAUUGACCAUGUGGUGCCCGAGCCGGAGUCCAGCCUGACGGAGGCCUAUGAGAAGUGGCGAGAAUGGGCCGAUGGGAAGAGCUGCUGUGACUACGCCUUGCACGUGGACAUCACCCACUGGAAUGACAGUGUCAAGCAGGAGGUGCAGAGCCUCAUCAAGGACAAAGGGGUUAACUCCUUCAUGGUUUACAUGGCCUAUAAGGAUUUGUAUCAAGUGUCCAACACAGAGCUCUACGAGAUCUUCACCUGUCUGGGAGAGCUGGGAGCCAUUGCUCAAGUUCAUGCUGAGAAUGGGGACAUCAUCGCCCAGGAGCAAAGCCGGAUGUUGGAAAUAGGGAUAACUGGCCCAGAAGGCCAUGUACUGAGCAGACCAGAGGAGCUGGAAGCUGAGGCCGUGUUCCGUGCCAUCACCAUCGCCAGCCAAACCAACUGCCCUCUCUAUGUCACGAAGGUCAUGAGCAAGAGUGCAGCUGACCUCAUCUCACAAGCCAGGAAAAAAGGAAACGUGGUCUUUGGCGAGCCCAUCACUGCCAGCCUCGGCACAGAUGGAACCCAUUACUGGAGCAAGAACUGGGCCAAAGCAGCUGCCUUUGUGACAUCCCCACCUCUGAGUCCUGACCCGACCACUCCUGACUACAUCAACUCCUUGCUGGCCAGUGGGGACCUGCAGCUUUCUGGCAGUGCCCACUGCACCUUCAGCACCGCCCAGAAAGCAAUCGGGAAGGACAAUUUCACAGCCAUUCCCGAGGGCACCAACGGGGUAGAGGAGCGGAUGUCUGUCAUUUGGGACAAGGCUGUGGCCACCGGGAAAAUGGAUGAAAACCAGUUCGUGGCCGUGACUAGCACGAAUGCUGCCAAGAUCUUCAACCUGUAUCCCCGCAAGGGAAGAAUAUCUGUGGGUUCUGACAGUGACCUGGUGAUCUGGGAUCCAGAUGCAGUAAAGAUUGUGUCCGCCAAGAACCACCAGUCGGCUGCAGAGUACAACAUCUUUGAAGGGAUGGAGCUGCGUGGAGCCCCUCUGGUGGUCAUCUGUCAGGGCAAGAUCAUGCUGGAAGAUGGCGGCCUGCACGUGACCCAGGGGGCUGGCCGCUUCAUCCCCUGCAGCCCCUUCUCCGACUAUGUCUACAAGCGCAUAAAAGCCAGGAGGAAGAUGGCAGACCUGCACGCGGUCCCGAGGGGCAUGUACGAUGGGCCCGUGUUCGACCUGACCACCACGCCCAAGGCGGGCACCCCGGCGGGCUCCACGCGGGGCUCUCCCACGCGGCCGAACCCGCCCGUGAGGAACCUCCACCAGUCCGGAUUCAGCCUGUCGGGAACCCAAGUGGACGAAGGGGUCCGCUCCGCCAGCAAGCGCAUCGUGGCGCCCCCUGGAGGCCGUUCUAACAUCACAUCUCUGAGUUAAGCCACCCCUUCCCAAAGAGGGGCAGAAGCAGCAAGAGAUUUUUUGAAGCCAAAAUGGUACACCGAUAUUUAAGAAGGAAAGCGAAAACAGUUGCGAUCUAAAGAAUCAAUAAGCCUCAAGCCUUAUGUUUCUCCAAUGUUACGCUCGCUUGCCUAGCUUUACGAAAAUUGCUUUGUUUUCUGUCUGUGCCUAGCCUUGAUUUGGUUGACUCCUCCCCCCCAUUUGCAUGCAUGCAAUCAGGCCACUAAGGUAAAAGAGUCUGCUAUAUAGUGUUGAGAGCGUGUGUAGUGCUGCAUCUUAAGACAAGGGGACAGACAAAGCUGGAUGUCAGGAAAAUGAACAAAAGGGACACAGUUAUUUGGGGUGAGUGGGUGGUGGGAGCCCAGAGCAAGAUGGAGGGUUCAGCGGGGCUGGGGUAGGGUAUGUAAGCGGGGCAGGGGGUGGGUGGGUGAGCUUAAGGGGGUCUUGUGUAUUGUGUUAAUGAAGUACAUUUAUUUCCAUGGAAGAUGGCCCCUUGGGGCAGCUGUCACUUCAUCACAGUCCCCUGGGGUCUGCAGAGAAGGCAGGUGGUCUUUAGGUUCCGGACUUUGUCACGUCCUCUCUUCAUAGAUUUUAUUCUUUUGAACGUUUUAUUAAAACACCAAAACCCAAUCAUUGCUUCCACCCACUUGGUCGUGCCAGUGUUUGGUCGGGCCUCUUUCUCAGUGGUGCUUUCAAAUUCUUCUCUUUCUCGAGCUGGGAAGGAAGAGAGGAGAGAGGAAAGACCCUUCUCUUGCCUUCCCGUCUCUUUGGUGCUCUUAAAAAGGCAACAGCUGGGAGCACAGCACAGGCCCUCAGGGUGGGGCAGGGCAGCCGCACUUAAAUAACACCUCCCUCCGAACACGUGUUGGAGAUCACCUUUCAUUCAUCUGUCUUUGCAAAGCCGGAAGAACAGCGUGCUUCUGGCAUCCCGGAGUUAGGAGUGGAGCUGGGAUGGGGCCGGUGGUGAGAGAGUGACUCUGGAUCUCCUGAGAUCCGGGUGCAGCCAUGACGGGAUUUUUGUUGUUGUCAGAAUUUUCUUUUCUUACGUGUUCCUUAACUUUUAGUGCAAAUAGGUCAUCUCAGCUUAUAGGGGAGUCAGGCAGGGGUUUGGGAAAGCUUGUCUGGAGCAGAGGCAGCACGUUCUGUGGCCAAGGUUCUAGUUUUCAGUCCUGAGCCAUCUGUUUCUCCUUCUGCUAGCACAGCCUUUGGGGGAACGUUCGUUUUGGUACCAAAGUCUCCCAAAGCGGUGGCAGUCACAUGCAGCCUUUGAGACAUGGCACAGAAAGGUAGUUAGCGAAGAGCAUUUGCCUCUGCCUUGUCUGUCAGAGCUGAAUGUCCAUGUCCUUAUUCUGCCGCUUCUGAAAAAUUCAAUUUUAGAGCAAGUUCUUUGAGCCAGAUCAGAUCUAUAGAACUAAGAGGCCCAUACGCAGGAAAAUUCAAUUCAACCUGGGAUCAAACUUCCGUGUUGGGUGAUCCAGCUGGCGGAAUCCACACCCCUGUGUACUAAGUACUUUGAAGAGAAGAACAGGUGUUUCUCCCCCAAACACCAUUCAGGUUUUCAGGAGAAACCGGUAUCUUUUACUGAAGGUUUUAUGUUGAGGGCCAGAGAAAAGGGAAUACGUGGCCAAUGAGGCAUUUGAAAAUAGCCAAGGAAUAGGAUCUCCCUUAGCAAGCUAAUUUUUGUUUUAAUCAUGAAAGAGAUUAUUUCCUAUCAAAAGAAGGAAUCUUGCUACUUUUAGGGCUUUUUCAUGGUGCCUUUAUUCUAAAGAAACUUAAACGAAGGGUGACUGUACUUCUUGGUUUAUAACUCACAGAUGUGGGGGCCUAUUGCAGUCUGGGAGUGACAGUUUUGCAGACGGAGCUUGUCAUUUGGGAAGCAUAUUCUAUAUACCUCAGUGGCUGGGCUAUGCGUUAGAAUAUGUUGCAGUACCAGCCAUAACCACCAGAUGGAGGAAAAGACACGUAAAUAGUCGGAGUGCCCACUGAUGUACCACUGGCAACUGUUACCAGCCGCUGCGUCCAACCCAUCCCUUCAUGACUUUUCCUGUGCCAUGGCCCAGUUGGUUGCAUUUGGGACUUCUGAAUGAAACAUUCAUCCAGAACGUUAUAUUCUACCGACACGUUCCAUGCUGUAGAAAACAGCUUCCUAAGGCCUUGGUGAUAGGCAGCAGCAUGACCUGACAGGGCCUCCCUUUCUUUACUUACUAUUAGUAACUUUCCAAGCAUAGAAAUUCCUGAGAAUUCCAAGAACACUCCCACUAUUUUCUUGACUUCGAUUUCUGGUUUCUUGCUCCUUAAGUUAAAAUUUCUAUUCAAAUUUGUCCUGUUCCAUAAGACACAUCGAAGAGCCCCACGCAGGGUUCCGGAAGAGAACCUAACAGCAAAUCUUGGGCGUCUCAGAAUUCACUGGCACCUCAUCCAGCUAUGGGAGGGUGCGCUGGGUCUUCUGUCUUCCUCCUAAGCUCCCUUUUGCUGUCUCAUGUCUCGGCCCCUCUCUAAGGAUGCCACACCUUGCCAAGCUUCUCACGUUGUUUCUAAACCCACAUGGCAAUCAACGAGGGUGCUGUCUGGGAAGGCCACAGUCUUGGGUAGUUGGGUAGUUGAGAAGGGAUCUGGAACUGUUAAAUCAGCCACCCCAAUGGAGAUAUUUCUUCUAAAUUUUCUAAAAACGGAAAUGUCAGAAUCAUCCCAAAAAUACAUUUUCUUCAGAGUCCAGUCAUCCGUUGAGCUUUUUCCUUGUGACUACACCCAGAGAGUCACGCUCUGUCCCAAGGGCCUCAAUCCUAAGUCUGGACUUUCCGCUCACCCUGAGAAGCCCUUCCCAAUAGGGUGACGAGAGUCCCACAAGCUUUCCAGGCCUUCUCCCCUGGAAAGCUCCAGCUCGAGCCCCAGAGGGACACAUGGGCCGUCCAGGCAGCCAGCAUUCGGUGUAAGUUCCCUCUUUGGAAAAUGGCGUGUGUGUGUUCAGUUCUGUGUCUGGUGACUAUGAACAGACAGUAAAUGUCCCUGUGAUCUGUGGUAGCUGUGGGGCAGCUCUGGAAUGUGAAGAGCUGUUUGGUUUGAACCGUGAAGAAAACUGUGUUUUGAGUUUAGCUAAGAUUAAAAAAAAAAAAAAAAAAAAAAAAGUUCAUUAAGUGACUGUUAA